AUACAAUGUCUCCAUUCAAUGGGGGGUUUUAUACUCAUCCAGAUUUCCCGACCGAUAAUACCUCCGGGCUGGUGACUAUUACAGGCGAACAACCACCCACUUUACGGUGGGUGUUUCUCGACGCGCAAACCCACGAAGUGCGCUGGGGUAGUCGACCCGACAGUGAGGGUCACGUCUGUGGUCCCUUUGACUGGACCAAGGAUGAACAGCGAUUGACGCUGGAUGGGUGGGAGGGCUGGCUGGCGGUGCGAUUGCCGGACGAUGAGGCCGGAACCGGGUUUUGGCGGCUAUACUUCGACCUGAACGAUGACGGAGCAGACCUGCCAGUUGGAGCGCAGGGAUUGGAGAUUGUACUAAAGCGGGUAGCGGCGGAAGCUUGAGGGAUUGAUUGUGCUGUGUUAUGAAUAGAUCAUGUAGAUGAAGUAGUCUAGAAUAGAAAGUGUCAAGAUGACGAACUGCGCGGAAGGUGGAACAGUGGAGCGGCUGGUGGAGUGGACAGCAGCAAGAUGUUGGAUCUGGUGGAUCUGCUGGCGGAUCGCACAAACCAAAAGCUGCUGCCGCCAU